GUGGAGAAAAGGAGAAGAAACUUUCCACAGUGGGCUGUUCUCCUCCCCACAGACAUUACUUUGGGCUGUCAGCAGAAGGUUUGGGAUCAGAGAGAGGAGAGCUGCAGAAAAUGACAGCCCGGCAGAGGGAUGUAGCUCACCUAGGGGAAAAGAGCUGCGUUUCUGUAGUGUAAACAGAGCGGAACCGGAUUCCUGAUUUAAUGCACGGGCACUUCCUCACCAGUGAUGAGUUGGCUCCUGUUGUGGAUUCUGACAGCAGCUGGGAUUCAACAGGCCUACUCCUUGAAUUCCACUGCCAUGCCACCUGCCACAUCCGUUUCUUCUCCAACCGCAGACCCGUACAACAGAAAACGGUACUGCAAGUGGCCAUGCGAGUGUCCUGAGGUGGCUCCCAAGUGUCCGGCAGGUGUGAGCCUAAUUUUGGAUGGCUGCGACUGCUGCAAGGCCUGUGCCAAGCAGGUUGGGGAGGAGUGCAACGAGGCAGACACCUGUGACUAUCACAAGGGGCUGUACUGCGACUACAGCUCGGACAAGCCUAGGUACGAAAAAGGAGUGUGUGCAUAUAUGACGGGAACAGGCUGUGAGUAUGACGGUGUGCUCUACCGAAACGGUCAGAGCUUCAAGCCCAGCUGUAAAUACCAGUGUGUGUGCGUGAACGGUGCCAUCGGCUGUGUGUCCCAAUGCUCAGAGUCCCAGCCACCCAGAGUUUGGUGCCAGAGCCCACGGAGAGUCAAAAUUCGGGGGCAGUGCUGUGAACAGUGGAUCUGUGAUGAACCAAGGAGAGGGCGGAAGACAGCACCAAGGCACGCAGUUGAGGUUUUCCCAACUGAGAGCAGGAGCUGGCACAAGAACUGCAUCACUCAGACCACUUCAUGGAGCCCCUGCUCUAAAACCUGCGGUCGUGGCCUUUCAUUGAGGAUCUCCAAUGCAAAUGAUCAAUGUGAGCUCAUCCAGGAGACCCGCCUGUGCAAUCUGAGGCCAUGUGAGGCAGACGUAAUCCAACAUAUCAAGCCAGGAAAAAGGUGUUUGAAUAUCUACAGGGAGGAGCAGUCCUCAAACCUCACUAUUUCUGGCUGCACCAGCAAGAAGCAGUACCGGCCCAAAUACUGUGGCGUUUGCACAGACGAGCGCUGCUGCAUCCCGUACAAGUCGAAGACGGUAGACGUGGAGUUCGAGUGUCCAAACGGGACCGGGUUCACCUGGAAGAUGAUGUGGAUCCAGGCUUGCUUCUGCAACCUCAGCUGCAGAAAUCCCAAUGACAUCUUUGCAGAGCUGGAGAACUACUAUGGUUACCCGGAGGUCAUGAGCUAAAAUGAAGCAUAAUAGCAAAUAAGGCUUGGGUUUUUUAUUCUGUUUUAGAGAAACUUUGCAUUAUUAAUGUGCAAGGUAUUUUUUUAUUAUUGGAAAAUUGUAAAUAUGGAAUAUGUCUCUAAGAUGCAUUCAUGUAGUGAGAAUAUUUGAAGAGGUAAUAAAAAAGCCCAUAUUUAAAGUUUAAUUUAUUCUUUUAUAUUUUCUGCUUGGCAGCAUGUUUUGCUUUUAACUAUCUUGGAUUGUUCACUGCUUUAAAGCAACAGUACAUACUUUCCUUAGUAUCAAUAUCUACUGCCUUGCUUAUUUAAGCCUCUUUAAUUGUGUCACGUUUUGACAGGAUACAAGAGCAAAUUCUGUUGUAUCUACUGUGAAUGUAUAUCAAUGAUUGGAAAGAAAAAAAAUUAUUUAAAAUCAAUUAAUUUCAUAUGAAAAUGUGUAUGUGUAUUCACUUCCCCAACUCAAUAUUUUUUAGAAUCUAAACCUGUUUUAUACAAUCCUUGCAAAUAUGAAGAUGUAUUUUGUCAUUUGUUUUACACCUAAAGCUCAGUCUGUUUGUUGGACAUCUGAUUAUCAACUAGAUAAUCUUUGGCUCGGCUGUCCUGAUACAUGAAUAUAUGUUUUAAUCUAAACUCCACCGCUGUUUACAGUCAUCAUCCAGCUUGUAGAUAAACCUUUGCCUAAUGCUUCAGUGUUUUGAACAUUAACCCAUUUCCUUCAAGGAUUAUCCUUAAUUUAGCUCUACUCGUCUUCCAGUUAUUCCUGCUAUAUGAAAGUAUCACAACAUAAUACUGCCACUACUGUGUAAAUGAAGGCUAAGUUUAGACAGUGUUAUUGUCCUCCCUGCACACAGGGUUCUAAAUGUUGGUCAGACAUCCCCAUACUGUUUGCAGCGACAAGCAAACUGAGCAGUUCCUUUAACAGGAACUCCCUACUAACCACUCUCUUCCUGGUCAUAUUUGUAGAGUCCUUGACAAAUAAUUGGCAUGUAAGUUUAGGUGGACACCCAUGCGAUUGCAGGCUUGCUGCUGUGCGACUUCCAUUUUUUUUUUAGAUAGCGUUUGAAAAGUAAUCUGAAAGUGCUUAAAGCAUAGGAUGCCGCCGGGUUGUUUCAACCAACCCCACUUUAAAUUAAUUUGAACUUUAGCUGUGUUUGGUUUCCAUAAAGCAUUUGCUCAAAAGUCUCAAACAGGUUAUGUUGCAGUUUUUCUUUUACAUAAAUUGCAUUAAACUUAAGUUCUAUU